GCCAAAGGGAAAUAAAGGCAAAGUGAAAAAUCUAGGGUGCGUCCAGUUCCACUUUUGCUCUGACCCGAUCACUAUUUUUAGAUUCCGGCAAGCUAUCCCCCUUCGCUCUCUCCCUAACACUUGCAUAAUCUCGGUCUAGGGUUUUUGAAGAAAGCAUAAUGAGAGGAUUAUUAAACAAGCUCGUUUCUUGCUCUCUUUCCGUCGCUGGCAAAUGGCAACACCAACAGCUCCGCCGCCUCAACAUCCACGAAUAUCAGGGAGCUGAAUUGAUGGGCAAAUAUGGGGUCAAUGUCCCGAAAGGUGUAGCUGUCUCUUCUCUUGAUGAGGUUAAAAAGGCUAUCCAAGAUGUAUUUCCUGGCGAAAGCGAGUUGGUGGUUAAGAGUCAAGUCCUGGCUGGUGGACGUGGAUUAGGAAAAUUUAAGAAUGGUUUUCAGGGUGGAGUUCACAUUGUUAAGGCAGACAAGAUUGAAGAAACAGCUGGAAAGAUGCUUGGUCAGAUACUUGUUACUAAACAAACUGGUUCCCAAGGCAAAAUUGUCAGCAAGGUUUACCUGUGUGAAAAGUUAUCUCUUGUCAAUGAGAUGUACUUUGCUAUCAUGCUGGAUCGUACUUCAGCUGGUCCACUUAUCAUUGCGUGUAAAAAGGGGGGAACCAGCAUUGAAGACCUUGCUGAGAAAUUUCCUGACUUGAUUAUUAAGGUCCCUAUUGAUGUAUUUAAAGGAAUUACUGAUGAAGAUGCUGCAAAAGUUGUAGAUGGCUUGGCUCCAAAGGUUGCUGAUAGAAAUAACUCGAUUGAGCAAGUGAAGAAAUUAUAUAAACUCUUCUGCGAGUGCGACUGCACAUUGUUGGAAAUCAAUCCCAUUGCAGAGACUUCUGAUAAGCAGUUGGUAGCUGCUGAUGCUAAAUUGAAUUUUGAUGAUAAUGCUGCAUUUCGUCAGAAGGAGAUAUUUGCUCUCAGAGAUCCAACACAGGAGGAUCCUAGAGAGGUGGCUGCUGCCAUGGCAGAUCUAAAUUAUAUUGGUUUGGAUGGAGAAAUUGGUUGCAUGGUGAAUGGUGCAGGAUUAGCAAUGGCUACAAUGGAUAUAGUUAAACUGCAUGGGGGAACCCCUGCAAAUUUUCUAGAUGUGGGUGGGAAUGCUUCUGAAGGACAGGUGGUCGAGGCAUUUAAGAUAUUGACUUCUGAUGACAAAGUAAAGGCAAUUUUGGUGAAUAUAUUUGGAGGAAUAAUGAAAUGUGAUGUGAUAGCAAGCGGAAUUGUCAAUGCUGCCAAACAGGUUGCUCUAAAAGUUCCAGUGGUUGUACGCCUUGAGGGCACUAAUGUUGACCAAGGAAAGAGAAUUCUGAAGGAGAGUGGAAUGGCACUAAUCACAGCAGAAGAUUUGGAUGAUGCUGCAAAGAAAGCAGUAAAAGCAUCAGCUAGCUGAGGAAUCAAGAUACGAAGACCAAUUUGUGUUCCUCCCUGUUCUUACAACUUCGGUGAAUCAAAUAUAUUGAAAGUUGAAAAUAAUAUAGCCACUACAAAGGUUUAUUGCCCCUCAAGAUUUUUGUUUUUGUUAACCCACCCAUGUCAUUGAGCUAGAAAAUGGUGGUCUUAUCUUUGAUUGUGGUAGGCCAUGAAAUGGAGGGCUUCGAGCCUCUUUUCUUUUUUCUUUUUUUUCUUCCUAGAAACUGUUUUCUGAAUGUCGUGCAUUGAAAGAUAUCAGUGGAUGAAGCAGGCUGAAGCUGUGGUAACA